AUGUCUUACACCAUCUGCGGUGUGCUUACUGCUGGCAUUGCGGAACACAAGUAUAAGCCCAUCAACGACGAGCCUAUGUCUGAAGAUGAAAGUGAACCCUCCACAAAAGAAAUAGCUCCGGCUCCAUCCCCUUCCAAACCCACCCAACCGACUGAAACUUUAUUCUCUGGCUCACUCAACAUGGAUUGGCCUACUUCAAUUGCUCGACACCCAGGCUUCAACAACCACGGGAAUACAUGCUUCCUAAACAGCGUACUUCAGUGUCUGCUCCAUACUCCGCCCCUUGAAUAUCGUUAUUAG